GCGGAUCAAAGAGGCACGGAACUCCGUCUGUAUCAUCCCACUCCGCAGGGUUGCCAGACCCCCAGCCUCCAGCUCCUGAUGCUCUUAUCUUCUUAUUUAAGUCCUUCCCAGCCUAGGGAUGCAACCUCUGAUGGCAAUGACAAAGGUUGAGGCCACUUCAUGGAGCUGGUGAUAACACCUGUCCUCAACACCUGUGGUUUUGUCUACAAGGAGGAGGAGGAGCAGCCUGAAGAUAAUGAUGAUAAUCCUCAGCAGACAUCAUCUCCUUUAUCUUCACCGAACCCAUCAGAGACUGAUAUUCUGGCUGAGACACAGAACACAGACAAUAAUGAUGUGGACUUAGAAGAACCUCCAGCGAUUCAGAUCUCUGAAGAAGAUAUGUCAGUUAUAAAGAUCCAGGCCUGGUGGCGGGGCACACUGGUUCGUAGGACACUGCUACACGCUGCCCUCAGGGCCUGGGUCAUUCAGUGCUGGUGGAGGCUGAUGCAGGCAAAAUUUACAGAGAAGAGGCGACGGGUGACACUGGAUAAAUUUUCACGGGAGGAGUGGGCAGCAGUCAGGUUGCAGUCCUGGGCCCGCAUGUGGCGCAUCCGUCAGCGCUACUGCCAGGUUCUCAAUGCUGUUCGUAUCAUCCAGGCCUACUGGAGGUGCCACACCUGUGCUUCCCGGGGUCUCAUCAAAGGCCAAUAUCGAGUCACAGCUAGCCAGCUGCAUCUUGAAUUGGAGAUCCUGCUGGGCUCAGGGCCUUGUGUUGUGACAGAAUGUAUUCCCCUCCCAAUAAAGCAGUGAAGUGAUCUUCCAAACACUUUCUCUGACAAACUCUGGAAGGACAGGGCAGAUGAUGAGAGACACUUGACAUUUAGUAUGUUGGCGUAGAAUUGGCCAGGGUUAUCUGAAGCUUUGUGUAGAGAAGGAUCUGAGCUCCUUGUCUAGACUGAGCAAAGACUGAAAUUAAUUAGCAAUGUCUGCUAUAGGUAGGAAAGUUGGGGUUACAGAUUGAUAAGGCUGGCCAACCCCAGGGGGCAUCACUCAUGCUUGGUUGAUAGAAAUGCCACACUCUCCCCAAGACUCUGUAGAACAGAAGUCUGGGGCUGGGAGUCCUGGCAAUGGCUGCACAUCUGCCAGGAAUUCACCCAGCUGGGUCUAGUUGCCUCAGGGCUUGUUCCUUAUGGCUGUGAGAGGAACCCACCCACCAUGAGCCCAUGAUCUUGUCUCCCUGCACAACUGGGGCUGUAUCCCUACAUUAAGCUUCUGAGUCAGAAUUUGAGACCCAAACAAGGAAACUGUUAGAGAACCCAAUCAAAUUCUCAUUCCCACCUCAAAUACCAUCUGUCCCUUACCCUUGAGCCCCAAAUGGAGGCUAGGAUUCAUUUUCCUCCACACCUGGCCAGUUGGGAGGUUUCACAGCAUGGGAAUGGAAGAGAUGGCAUUCUGCUGCCAGCCCUGCCCUUAGGUGAGUGUCACACCUCAAGCUAUCAAGAUCCAGGAGCUGAAGAGGCCUUGGCCUUGCCUGUCCCUACAAGAACUGGUCCAAGCAGAGCUGGUUUCUCUGAAAAGUCCCUUCCUGUGACAUGCUGCCACUUAGGGUGGGAAUGGGGCUAGUUGGUGAAAAAGGGCCAAUUAAGAGGUUAAAGCCAAGUCUGCCCCUCUUCCUGUCUGGAUACUGCUAUCCCAUAGAUCCCUGCAGAGAGGGAGGGAUCUGAGGUCUGAGUCCUUUCCUUCAGAGCCCUAUAUCCAGGACUCUGCCCUGGUGACCUGAUCCCAAGGCUCACAGAGGUUUCUGAGACGAUGUCCAGGGGUCUCAGGCUCCAGCUCUCUGUCAUACACUUAGGUAUUAACUCUGUUUUCUGUUCUGACCUUACAUACCAUGCUCUUGUGUCUCAGUACCUGGUUCUCUCACACUUACUCUGAAGGAUUUCUGUCUCUCUCUGAUCCAGGUCAGGUCCCUGAUGCUGUCUGUUCUGGCCAUGUGGCUAUGGACAAAUUGAUUCCUUUUUCUAAGUCCCAGGUUCCUAAGUUGUGAAGCAAGGCUAAUGACCCCCACCUUUCAGGAUGAAUGUCAAGUACUAUGUCCCCUCAUUGUUCUGUUAUUCUUCAAAACAUGAAAUUGUACCCUUAAAUAUGUACUUUAACUUGUCAAUUAGAACUUAAUAAAGCUAAAAAAAAAUUCAUCAUCAUCCACAAAACAUAGUAUUUUAAAUGCUGGUGGCCAUGGAAAAAGCAAAUUCUGGGGUAGA